CCUGUAUUUGUGAUCCGAGUAGGAGGCGGAGUGUCUCGGCGGCCAUUAGCUGUGUGUAGUUGUCCGGGACUCGGGAGCUGAAGUGAAGAAGGAAGUCUUUCCUUGGUGGAAAUCAACCAUGGCCACGGACUCCUGCAGCAGAUAAUCCUAGAGUACGGAGCAGACGGGCUUUUCGGUUUCCCGCCCUGCCCAAUUGGCGGGGCCUAACUAGGCCUCCGUACAUCCCCGGUCCCAAGUAGGCCUAGUCGGCCGGCCGGGACUCUCUAAAGGCGGGAGGCGCCAUGUCGCUGGUUGCUUACGCCAGCAGCGAUGAGAGUGAGCCGGAUGAGCCGGAGCCGGAGGAAGAGGAGGUGGCCACCCCGACGCCUGGACCCACUUUAGGGGGCUUGUUCUCUUCCCUCCCCGCACCCAAGGGUCCGGCCUUGCUGCCCCCGCCCCCCCAGAUGCUCGCCCCUGCCUUUCCCCCGCCGCUGCUGCUGCCUCCGCCCACCGUGGACCCCAGGCUCCAGCCUCCUCCGCCCUUGCCCUUCGGCCUGGGGGGCUUUCCCCCACCUCCAGGAGUGAGCCCGGCUGAAGCGGCGGGAGUUGGGGAGGGGCUAGGGCUGCCGUCGCCCCGAGGCCCUGGCCUCAGUUUACCCCCCGCCGUGGGCGGUGCUGGACCCCCCCUGGGGCUUCCCAAGCCAAAGAAGAGGACCGAGCCCGUGAAGAUCGCGGCGCCCGAGCUGCACGAGGGGGAUUCAGAUUCCGAGGAAGAUGAACCCACGAAGAAGAAAACUGUCGUGCAGGGAUCCGGAGAAGGGACUGGUUUGUCUGCCCUGCUUCCCCAACCUAAAAAUCUGACUAUGGAAGAGACUAACAGGCUGCUCCUGCCCCAUGCCUUCUCCCGGAAACCCUCAGGCGUCUCCUCGGAUGCCAAGCCCUCGAGACUGGCUUCUAAGGCCAAGCCCUCCCCCCUUGCUCCUGUUAUGGGCACCGCCACCACCACUCCGUCGCCCUCUGCCAUCAAGGCUGCAGCCAAGAGUGCUGCUCUGCAGGUGACGAAGCAGAUCACCCAGGAGGACGAUGACAGCGACGAGGAAGUGGCGCCGGAGAACUUUUUCUCCCUCACUGACAAGGCUGAGCCACCUGGAGUUGAGCCAUACUCUUACCCUAUUCCCACUGUCCCCGAAGAGCUCCCUCCAGGCAUGGAACCAGAACCAGCUUUCCAGGACGAUGCAGCCAAUGCUCCCCUUGAGUUCAAGAUGGCAGCAGGCUCAAGUGGGGCCCCUUGGAUGCCAAAGCCUGGGGACGACUACAGUUACAGUCAGUUUUCCACAUAUGGCGAUGCCAAUGCCGCUGGUGCUUAUUAUCAGGACUAUUACAGUGGUGGCUACUAUCCUGCACAGGACCUGGCGCUGGUCCCCCCACAGGAAAUGGCUCCAGACGCGUCCUUCAUCGAUGAUGAAGCGUUUAAGCGGCUACAGGGCAAGAGGAACCGAGGGAGGGAGGAAAUCAACUUUGUGGAGAUCAAAGGUGAUGACCAGCUCAGUGGGGCCCAGCAAUGGAUGACCAAGUCACUGACCGAAGAGAAAAGCAUGAAGUCCUUCAGCAAAAAGAAAGGCGAACAGCCAACAGGUCAGCAGCGGCGGAAACAUCAGAUCACAUACCUGAUUCAUCAGGCUAAGGAGCGGGAGCUGGAGCUGAAGAGCACCUGGUCGGAAAACAAGCUCAGCCGCCGGCAGACCCAAGCUAAGUACGGGUUCUAGGCUCCGCUGCUCCAGGACCACGGCCUGGCCCCCAGCUUCUCCUCCGGAGCUCCAGCUGCUCUCUGUGCAGGACCUCUUCCCCGAGGACCCAGCCUCUGCCUCUGUGAGAAGGAGCAUAUUUGAUAGAAUUUUCUUAUAUAAUGAGUUUGAAAACUUAGCUCCUUUCUGUGUUGGAGCUAGCAAAGACUCUAGUAAUGCCUCCAGGGGGCUCUGAGUUCUCCUUGGGAGUUUCGCCCCCUGUGGGGUAUGAUGAGGUAUUGAACUCUCCCUCACCAUUUUUUUUUUUUAAACCAGGGAUGUCUGUUGAAAUAAAACACUCGGUCUGAAAGA